AUGGAGGAAGGACCCGCCGCCGACCCGGAGAAAUACCCAGGGCCACGCGCCUCCAGUGCAGCUCAGCGCGUUCACUAUUAUUGUGGUAAGUGGCCUCAUGAACUUCUGGGAAGAUUCGAGCCUGCCAUUUGGGUCGAGAGAUUGUCCGACGAGUUCGCUACGCUUGUUCGUCUCACCGUCAAGUCGCCACAAGUUCAACUCGAAGACGUGAUACAGAGAUUGAAGGACCUCGCCAGAGGACAUCCUUAUGACGGGGCCAAGUACGUGAAUCGACAGGAUAUCGCCACGAUUCGGGAAUCGCUACGGAAAGAGGGCGUCGAUGUAUCACAUUACCGACGGAGGUCUCGAAAUUCCGCUGGUGAAGAUUAUGACUACGGAGACGACUCCCUUGUGAUCAAAUCAGGAUCGGAAGACGCGGUCGUCAUCGCAGAAACUCCAUUCGACAGUGAAGAUCUCGGUGAUAAUCUCAGCGACUUCGAAAAUGAAUUUCACAUUGGGGAAACUGAACACGAGGAACAAUCUACCAACGAAGACAACCAGGCAUCAACUCACCAAAAUCAUUCUCAUGCCACUACGCCUGUCAGACAAAACACCCACCCUGUCGCCAGAUCGGCCCCUUCAGAGCCAUCAUCUACCAGAAUGGGCGAACAUCACACUCCCGCUUCCCAACCUCUUGCUCAACUUGGGACCACACCAUCCACUAACAGAGUCCAAUCACCCUCAGAUCGAUUCCGAGCCAGUGAUGCUACGAAUACACACUUUCGAGAGAGCCUUCGAAGACGAACCAUGGCUAGCAGUGUCUCACGCAGGGGUUCUUCAUCACAACCUCACGUCGCACUCAGAGGUGAUGGGACUCAACCCAAUCCCUCAACCCCAGUUGAGAGACCAGAUGAUUCUACUCGGGGCACGCCGCUUGCCGCGCCUGCACCUGCCACACCCAGCAGGCGAGCAAAUCGUUCACCCAACAGACGGGUAGAACCCGAGCCUCAUGUCCGAACAGAGACACGCCAGCAAACCACAUCGGACAGAACUGAAGUCAGACAGCCGCCAAAUACUGACACUCAGGCGUCAAACACUGAAACUCAGCAUGGGCCAUCGACCCCUGGGUCAGAUAUUCAAGCCUCCAUCAAUCCUAUUCCUACACCUAGCAGAACACCGACCACGCCGGGUCCUUCGUCAAAUGGUCCUCCGUCACUAAUGAGACUCAUCGAGUCACGUUCUGCCGCAGCCACCAGAUCUCAACAAGUCAUAAAAGUUGAAGAUGAUUCUCCUCCGCCAACUGCUCUUCAUAGCCAUCCUGAUGGGCCAUCUGGUAGUCGUAGAAACACUUCUACACAUGUCCAUGAAACGGCACCCCCAAGCGUCUCCAGGGAUUCAGGCACUUACGGUGUUUCAACUCCUACUAGACCAGUUCCCCAACCCAACGUCGGCUCAGCAAGCUCCGGCUCAAGGCCAUUUGGCAGUCACAGAAACACUUCUACAAAUACCCAUGAGACGGCACCCCCAAGCAUUUCUCAAGAUGCAAGGACAUUCAAUGCCUCAACCCCUACGGGACCAGAUGCUCAAUCGAACGUCGGUCCAGCAAGCUUCAGCUCAACCUCAGCUACCGAACGCUUUAUACAUCGCAUGGUGCCACCUACACGUCAUGCUCACGCCCUCCCUUUAAGCGCCUUGGUUAACCGCGAUGUCUCGCGCAAGCGACCUCUGGAAUCUGACAGGCCAGUCGCCUCCAGUACUCCACAACAACCAGCGACUUCAUCCCCUUUGCGGGCAGUUCAUGACACCAUCACUGCUCCUGCAGAGGCAUCUUCGUCUCAGACCACUCCCACCAACAAUUCUGGCCUUGGUGCUAUGACAUCAACACGGGCGACGCCCACCAAUAGCGUCCUCAUGGAACCCAACCCGCAUUUGCAACCAGCAAUACCAAGGCCGAACCCGUUCUUCUCAACCAGACCACACGCCUGGGUUAACGAGGAACCUUCAUCACGACCGGCCCAUACCCAUGUGUCACAACCCUCAAUCGCUGUGCCGGCACAAACGAGCUCGCAAGGGACUGUUGAGAAUCGUCCUUCUAAGAGACAACGAUCAGACGAUCCCAGACAGCCGUUUACGUCACCGAAUGAACCAAUCGAUUUCGAUGCCACAUUACCCGAUGGAGAAUCUUUCAAGAGAGAACUGAGAGAAUGGCGAUCCUGGGUGGAGCCUCAUAUUACAGAUAUCAACACCAAACUCGAAAACCUUCAGAAUGAAAUCCGUGCGUUGCACCAGAUCACGUUCAACAACAAAUCCAAUAAGGAAGACACAACAAAGAAAAUGCAAGAGAUCCAGCAAUCCAUGCAGGAUAAUAAUAAACACAUCACCAAGGCCUAUAUGAUCAUCGAGGUCCUGGAGCCUGAAUCCGUAGGAGACGAGACAACUCGGGUAUAUCUCGAGAAACGGAGGAGGCAAUUGGCAGAGCGCGAGAUGAAGCAACAGUCAUACGAAGAAGAACUCUCACAAGCUCAAACUGUUCUCCGAGAAAUCGAUGUCCAGCAACCCAUGAUUGAGAAGAAGCUCGAUGACUUUGUGCUGGAUGAGACUCAAAUCAGAAAGAGCAAGGAGUCAUUGGAAUCGGCGAUGAGAAAAUGGAGGUUUCAGAUUGAUUUGUUUGACGGCGAAGGGGGAUGGGUAAGGUCUUUGGAACGUCCGGAGCCAAGCUUCAGAGCUGACGGAGUCGACGGCUUUCAAUGA